CAUGUUUGUAUUUCCAGCUGGUAGAUGCGGGCUAGCUAGCCGGUUAGCUACCUCCGCUGCAUUUGGCUCUUUCUUCGGGGUGAAACAUUAAAGAAGGGCCGUGCCACCCCGUUAACACCGGCUUAUCUGACAGUCGCGAUGCCGGUCCACUCGCGGGAGAAGAAAGAAAGCAACCACGAAGAAAUGGAGGUGGACUUUCCCGAGCAAGACGGCAGCACCACAGACGAGGAGGACACCGUGAGCUCGUCCGUGUCUGAAGAUGGAGACAGCUCGGAGAUGGACGAUGAAGACUGUGAGAGGAGGAGGAUGGAGUGCCUGGAUGAGAUGACCACACUGGAGAAGCAGUUCACUGACCUGAAGGAACAGUUGUAUAAGGAGCGUUUGAGCCAGGUGGACAUCAAACUCCAGGAGGUCAUGGCCGGUUGUGCCCAAGAGUAUCUGGAACCUUUAGCCAACCUGCAGGAGAACAUGCAGAUCAGGACCAAAGUGGCUGGGAUCUACAGGGAGCUGUGCUUGGAGUCAGUAAAGAACAAAUACGAGUGUGAGAUCCAAGCAGCGUGCCAGCACUGGGAGAGUGAAAAGUUGCUGCUGUUUGAUACUGUGCAGAGUGAGUUGGAGGAAAAGAUAAGAAGACUGGAGGAAGACAGGCACAGUAUCGACAUUACCUCAGAGUUGUGGAAUGAUGGAUUGCACUCACGGAAGAACAAGAAAAAGGACCCGUUCUGCCCGGUCAAGAAGAAGAAGCCCGUUGUUGUUUCUGGGCCUUAUAUUGUUUACAUGCUGCAAGACCUGGAUAUCCUUGAAGACUGGACUGCAAUAAGAAAGGCAAUGGCAUCACUGGGGCCCCACAGGGUGAAGGUGGAUGUGCCUGCAGUAAAGCCUGACAGACAUCACCACGUGGCACGCUCUGAGGACGGUCGACUUUUCUAUGACAACCAGUGGUACUCCAGGGGACAGGCCAUCUGUAUCAACAGGAAGGACGAGUACCCAACUAGUGCCAUCAUCACCACCAUCAACAAUGAUGAGGUGUGGUUCAAACGACUGGAUGGCACCAAGUCAAAGCUGUACAUCUCCCAGCUGCAGAAAGGCAAAUACACAAUCAAACACUCGUAAAUGAAAAACACACGGCCACAUACAAAAACCAUCAUCUCUGCUGCGUUUGUCUUUCUCAGUGUCCUUUUCCAUGUGGUAUUUUUGUACAUUUUACUACUACGACACACACACAUCUCAUUUCACUCCCUCUGUGCACAAGUUACAAACACAUAAACUGACCCUUCUGCUAUAAGGAGACGAUCUUCUCUGUAAAUAUGUAUCUUAUCGACAAGGUCACAAAGUGUCAUUUUCUCUGGAACGGAGAUCAAUGCAAAGUGCUGCUAAACAGAAAGGUGAAGAACCAGAGCAUUAGCAAACUGUGAACCACAGAGCUCAGUCGCGUGCCUUUCUGAGACUAGACAAUGCCUCGGCUGAUGGAGGGGUUUGGGGGGGGGGGCGGAGACAGAAAGUCCUGAACAAUAUCAACGCAGUGAAGCCAUACUCUGUACUGGGUUAGCACCAGGAGCAGGGGAAGUGAAGCGGGUUAGCGAACGUGUGAGUGAGAAACACUAACGCCAUCAGCAGUGUGUUUGAUUUGCCUCUCCAGACGCACCAGUUAGACUUGAAUUUCAUGCUCGUACAGAGCCUGAUAGAUCUGUAUUGGAUCCCCAGGGACCCCAGACCAACUUUAAUUUAGUUUAAAAAGUGUAACAGAAUCAAUAUUAAGUGAGUAGUUAUAUUAUGAACACGAUGAGAAUAAAGCACCCCAGAGGAUUUAUUGAAGGGGAGACACUGUACUGAACCAUCUCUUGAUCUUUUAGUGUAAUCUUUUUUUUCCAGCGCUACAUUUUAUUUUUAAGUCCAAACCGAUCAGCAAGGCAAACACGACAGUUUAAGUUUACGAUAAAGGGAGCUGCCCUGUACAUACAGACGUCUGUGUGGUUGUGAUUCUUCUGUCUGCCUCCUGUCAUGUUGCCAUUUGUCUGACUGUGCCUCAAACUUCCAGACUUUAGUUUUAAAAAAGAAAGAAACCUCCACCUCCCAGGUUCGAGCUGCUUUUUUAUGUGCUGGUGGAGUCAGAAAAGACUCGAGUCUGUAAAUCGUAGUGCCAUUUCAUGCAGUUUUUCUGUCGUGUUCCCCAUCCUCCCUUCUUGUCCUUUAUGUCACCCCUCUGUCCUUAUUCCACUGUGUCUUCUUCUUUGGUGUAAGUAAAAAACAGUUUCUCAGCAUUGAUGUAUUUGAUGUGAUUUUCUUUUUUAUGCAUGUGUACGAUCCAUCCAAUCAGACGUCCCUUCGUACGUGUAAGUUAGGUUCGAUUAACUGAAGGAGAUCCUGCUUUGCAUUGCGUUUACCGUGCUCUUUGUUUUUUAUCUUUGCAAACAUGUUUUUAAAUGAUGACUUGCCAACAGUAUUGUAAAGAGAGGUGCUUGCAACAUUUAUAAAGGAGGGGAAAAGUAUGCGUAGUCUUGGCGCAUCAGUGGACAUGUUUUUCAUUUGUUUGUUUGUUUUAACCUUUUUAUGCAUCACGGUUCUUUUUUUUCACAUUACAGGUAAAAAAAUAAAUAAAUAAAAUGUGACAUUGUGCCAAUGCAUGUACAACUGA